UUUUCCCUGAGUAAAUGUGUGGUGGACGACCUCGUUAUCAGUACAACCUUGUAUCUCUCUCGUUUCUUUAAUGUCCAUGUAAUGCUCCGCCGUCAUUUCGCUUUCCAUCUUCGUGUGAGAUACAUGUGCUGCACGUUCUUUUGAUCUCUCUGCGGUGUAGGUGCUCUGUGCGACAUCUCCAUCCACGAUCAUGAGAAUCGCCGUGAUCGGCGCAGGAUUUGCCGGACUGGCCGCUCUCCAACAAUGCACUUCCGAUACUUACAAUGAUCAAGUGGUAUGUUACGAGAAAACAGACCAAAUCGGUGGCACUUGGGUCUACCGGGAGGAAACUGGUUCCGAUAGAUACGGCUUGCCGAUUCACACUAGCAUGUACAAAAGCCUCAGGGCUAACUUGCCGAAGGAAGUGAUGGGUCAUCCAGAAUAUCAGAUACCUCAGAGGCCUCAGAGUUACUUAACGCGCAAGGAGAUACUGGAUUUCCUGCACGAGUUCUGCGAUCAUUUUGCGCUACGUCCUUACAUACGUCUGCUGCACCAUGUGGAGCUGAUAGAGCCGGCCGUGGGGGACCGAAAAUGGACGGUCAAAGUCAAAGAUCUGCAGAGGGACACAGUCAUAACCGAGUCGUUCGAUGCAGUGAUGGUGUGCAACGGUCAUUAUUUCGAGCCCAAUAAACCGAAGAUACCCGGCCAGGGCCUCUUCGUAGGCCAGCAGAUUCACAGUCACGAUUACAGGAUUCCCGAGAUCUUCGAUAACAAGAACGUCGUCGUCCUGGGAGCAGGACCUUCCGGCAUGGAUCUGGCUUUGGAAAUAUCCAAGUGCGCGAAUCGCGUGAUUCUGAGUCAUCACUUGAAGGAGAAUAUAUUCACCGUGUUCCCCAAGAACAUCGUACAGAAAAGCGACGUGGUGGAACUGACGGAGCGCGAGGCGGUUUUUGCGGACGGCACGAAGGAGCAGGUCGAUGUCGUCUUCUAUUGCACAGGAUACAAGUACAGCUUUCCUUUCCUCGCUGAAACCUGCGGGAUUCGAGUGGACUCCAACAUGGUCACACCUCUCUGGAAACAUCUGGUGUCCAUAGAGAACCCUACCCUGGCAUUGGUGGGCCUUCCGUUCUACGUCGCUGCUUUCAACAUGUUCGACUUACAAGUGCGAUUCAUCCUACGACACUGGCACGGCGAGAGACAGUUCCCUGCGAAAGCGGAUAUGCUGCGCGAUGAGGCCGAGGAGUUGGCGGGACGCGCGGAGAAAGGCCUGCAGAAGAAGCAUUUUCAUAUGAUGGGUCCGGAACAAGACCGGUAUUACGACGAUCUGGCGAAUGUCGCGGGGAUCAAGCCCCUGCCGCCCGUGCUGACGAAACUGCACAAUGAGAGCAGCCAGCGCUUCCUAAAUGACCUGGUGCACUACCGAGAGGAUCGCUACUACAUCAUCGACGACUACAAUUACACCAUGCUUUAACGCUCGAAUCGCGUCGACGGCAUACUUUCCCGUGCAUACCUUCUUUGGUGAUUGUCUGUGUCGCCAAGUUGAGAGAGGAAAGGAUUCGACCAGCGAUAAGAGGAACGUAAAUCCCCCAUCCCCCUCUCAAUUAACCCUUUCGGUACAUUUGACGAGUGAGACUCGUCAUCUGCUUACUUGGGCAUAAAAUGUAUUACUUUUA